AUGGAAUAUGUGGACCUUGAACAUGGUACUAGAUUUCUCAUCUGUCAAGGGCUGUUUUGCAACAAGCUUUCCAGUAAUUAUAUGGAUAAGAAAAUGGCUUACCAACCAUCUUUCUUUGAAAUAUUUAAAGCUCAGUGCAGUGAAGCAGAUUUAGGACCUAUAAGUCUGAACUGGUUUGAAGAACUCAGCUCAGAAGCUCCCCCUUAUGAGCCCAAAUUACUAGGAGAACUUCAUGGUCAUGCUGAAUGGCUUGAUGAAGCUUCUUUUAAAAGUCCAAGGACAAAGCCCUCUACAUACAGCCAGCUGGCUUCAACUCCACUAAUUUUUAAAGAGCAAAGUACAAUAUUGCCACCUUCUCCUUUACUUUCUCCUGGAAAAGAACUGGAUCAGAAUACAAGUGAGACUUCCAAAGAGAGUUUGAUCAGUCCAAGAAUCAUAAGAACAAAAAUAGAUCAAGGAAAUGAAAUAUUUGCUUCUCCUGUUGGUACCUGUCAUGUUGCUAGUCCAGCUAUUUUAAGGAACACUUACAGGACUCCCCAGAGAAGUAGUAUUCCAGGACCAUAUGGAAGCUUGUUUUGCACACCAAAACUUUUGGGGGUCCGAACUCCAAACCGUAUUUCUGAAAGUCUGGGAGCAGAAGUGGAUCCCGAUAUGUCCUGGUCGAGUUCUUUGGCCACACCUCCAACACUGGGUGAAACAGUGAUAAUAGCAAGAGAGAAUGAUUCUAUUUCUGAAGGAAAGCAACAAGAUGACAGAGCUGAGAGGGUUUCACAUGUUUUUUUCUCCAAACCUGAUAAAUGUCUUGGGACGACUGAUACAAGUGUACAGUCUGUACUAGAGGCAAUAAAACUAGAUCAUGAAGAUUUGGAGUCCGAGAAGACGCUAGGUGGCUCCUUUAGCGACAUGGAGAGUUUUGAGGAUGCGCUCGGCGAGCCUGCCAGAGCCAGUGGAAGCCUCCUGCGUGUGCCAAAUGUCCUGGAUGCAGCAGAGAGACAUGAAAUAACCACAGAGAAAGCACAUGGAGAGCUGGGCGUUUCUUCCGAACAGCACAUUAGAAAGCAGACUGGCAGUUCACAGGAAGUGGUAACAACUAGCUGGACUGAGGAAAAGCACUCUGAAAUGAAGGAUUCUUUAUUUCAGGAAACAGAUGAAGAUAGGAGGUGUGUUAAACAUGCCUGUUUAAUAGGACAUGAAAAGGCAUUGAAGACAUUUAAGAUCACAACAGAUGUGCAAGAUAACAGAAUACAGAAGUCACCUGAGAACAAGAAGCUUGUGAGAGAAGACCUGUCAUCUUCACCCAGUCAGUGGUCUCAGCUGAACUUAUCUGGUCUGGAUGUAACUCACUUGGAAAUGUCUAUAUGUAGCUCUCCGUCAUCUGACUUAAGCAGAGAGAAAAAUUUAGAAGAGAAAUCGGUAUUAAUGACCAAAGAGGAAGCUGUAGAAACAUCUUUUUCCAAUACUUCAAGUCUGUUAAAAGCACAAGAGCUGUUGAGUGUCAAUUUGUCAGAAAAGCACUAUGAAGUGAAAAAUUCUGAGAACAACCCAACACUGGAAAUACCUCCAGUAAAAUCUGUGUCUAUGAGUAUUCAAGAUUCAAAGUUAAUAAAAGGAUUUGCUGCUGAAAAGGUUUCCAAAGUGAGCUUUAUAGACUAUAAUUCUAUUUUAAUUGAAAGUACAAAUGUCACAGAGUAUGCUGUAGUCUACAACAGUAGCUUUUCCAGGCAUUUAAAAGCAACUUCUAAAUCUGUCAUAACUGAUGUUCUGUCUCAUCCACUUGUAUGUAGCCCUAGAGCUCCAGAUAAUUGCAGCGACCUACAUUUAACAAAUAGUGAAAAUACUUUUACAGAAUCUGACUUUAAAAGGCUGAAUAUGUUAUCCAGCUUGAAAAAAAGAUCCAAGAGAUUUAUUUAUACAAUAAAUAACACUUUACUGUAUCAAGAAGAAAAAAUUCAGAGAGAACUAACCUCUGAAUCACCUAUUAACACAUUGCCAUCCUCGGAAUUUGAUUCUUGUGAAUUCACAAGUUGUCACGUGGCCAGAGGGGAUGAUCAAGGCUCCUUGGUUUCUCCUGAGAGAAGGCAUUUUCAAUCAAAUAUCAGGGAAAAUAAUUUCAGCACUUGUACUGUAAAAAUGGGUGUAAUGGAUAACUCAUUUGCUAACACCUCCAACAACAGACAGAAGCAACAGGAACUGAAAGAGAAGGAGGGAAAUGCAAGAGAGCAUCAGCCUGUUACAUCACUAAAAUGCUUAGAAAUAUCUAAUACUUUGAAAGAAAACAUGACAGAGUCUUCAAAUAGUGAAAGUAUUUCAAAUAUAAAACGUAAAGUUCUAACUUCAGCACGUCUCAUGGCAAGAAAGCACCCUAGGCUCCUGCCUAAAGGCCGUGGCUUAGAGAAAGGCAAGGAGGAUAUGCUUAGGAGUAUUAAGGUGAGUGAUGGAGCUGUUGUGCCUCAGAGCCUUGAAGGGCAGCUUGCAGAGUCUUCUCUUCACAAUAAUGAAUGCUUGGUUGAUGUGAAGCAUGACACAACACCCAUGACAAACUGUAGUUUCAAUAAUACCUCAAGUCAAAUCAACUUGGACAUAAAUAAGGUCAGUAGUAAUUGUUGUAAUAAAAUGUCAUCUGAAAAAAAACCUGCCACAGACCAGUUGUCAACAGCUGAGUAUAGAGAAAUACCUGCACCUUUGGGAUUAAAAGGCUCCGAAAAGUGUAAUACUGAGUUAAAACAAGGGGAAAAAAUAGAUGUAGCUUCCUUUUCAGAAAUUAUAGCUGCCAGUGAAGAUAUAAGGUCAAUGGAAAAUGAGGAAAGCAACCUUCAAGCAACUGCUUGCAAUAGUAUGGAUGUAGAGAGCGCUAAAGAAUUCUUGGGUUGCACAGUUGAUAAUUCUUUAAAUGGAGCAAUUUCUACAAACGAUCAACAAGUAAAACCUGUAAAUUUCAACAAAAAUCCAGAUGAAAACCUAGAACAUAAAGAGAGAUGGUUGAGAAAUCUGAAUGAAUGCAAUUUAAAUCUGAGAUUUGGUGGCUUUCAAACUGCAUCCAAUAAGCAGAUUAAAUUCUCUGAAGAGAGUUUAGCAAAAGGCAAAAUAUUGUUCAGAGAGAUUGAGAAUGAAUGCUUUGAAGCCCCUUCCAUGGCAAGAGUCAGAAAUACUUCAGAUCAAGUUAAAGAGGAAAAUGCGGUUUUCUCACCUGUGGAAAGCAAAUUGGACAGUAACUUAUCUGAUUCUUUAGGUUCACGGGCAAGUUUUCUUGAACCAAGUCAUAUACAGUUUGUUCCACAUAAAGUUGAUCUACAUACAAAUUUUCCUAUAAGUCAACAGUUCUUGCAAGAACCAAGUCAAACUUUGACAGCAAGCCAAGAGGCUGAAAUUGCUGAACUUUCUAGUAUCUUGGAGGAGACUGGCAGCCAAUUUGAGUUUACACAGUUUAGAAAGCAAAGUAACACGUUACAAAGCCAUGCUACUCAGCAGGGUGAAACUGGAGAAACAGGUGGAAUAACAAAUGUAGAAAAUACUUCUACAAUGUGGAAAGAUACUGAUUUUUGUAAUGCUCUUAAAUCUGAAAAUCAAGUUAAAAAUAGCAAGUAUUGUAAUAAGCAGGAAGUCACUAAUGAAGAAUCUGAUAUGAUGGAAUGUGAAAAAGAGAACAAAAUAGUUCCCCAUAAAAAUAAUGAAGUUACUUUUACUCACUUAGAUGGAAAUGGAAGCAGCAUGUCUGAUGGUCAGAGCUUUCCCGUGCCUAAUUUUGUGGGCUUUACUUCAGCUGGAGGUAAAAGAAUAAAUAUUUCUAAAGCAGCUCUCACCAGGUCUGCAGAGCUGUUCAGGGACUUGGAUGAUGAUAACUACUUAUUUAAAUCUCCUAAAACUAAUACCAGAUGCCAGAGUUCAAAUGGAUAUAAAUCUUUUGACUGCAAUUUUUUCAGAUGCCAAAACCAAACCAGCAGAAAGAAAGUUUGUGUUACAAACUUUAAAAGUCCCGAUUCCUUCACAGGUUCUGUUUCCCUCCAUUCAGAGAAAAAAUAUGAGGAAAAUAUUAGGAAAAUGCCAUUUAGGGAAAAUACAGAAAAAUGGACAAAAAGGUCAAGAAAUGACCACCAACAUGUCAAUUUUGAUUGUACUGACGAUGCUACGUAUUCUGCCUCUGAUAUGGAAACCACUCUGACAGCCAUUGAAAAUCACAAUCAGCAUCUGAAAACUUCUAAGCAACUUCUGACUCAAGGAGAUUGCCCAGCUGAAGGCAUUUUGCAAGAAGACUCAUUAGCUGUGAUGUGUCUAGGAGGUGCUACUGCAACUGGAGAAAAACAUAGUUUCAGUGUAUCUAAUGAAAUGGAAAAAUCAAUUCCUAGUCAGAAAGGACAAGAGAGAAAUCCAGAAAAUAAAUACUUACCACAAAGCUUGCAAACUGUAGCUGAUGGAGAUAUACCCAUUUCUGCUGCAUCUUUGUCUGAUUCUGUGUGCUUGCUCAAGGUAAAAUGUGGUGAAAGAGAUGCAAGUGUUUCAGAGACCUCUGAUAAACAAAAGACAAGUAUUAGAAAUAUGGAAGAAGCAGACCCUGCCACUGAUGAGAACCCGUGUGUGAACCACAGCAAAGCAAAAACAGGCUCUUACCAUGAUCAGAUACCUUUUCAGCAAGAGAGGGAUGCUGAAGAAAAUGUAGUUAAAGGGAUUUAUCCAGCUGGUUUCCAUACUGCCAGUGGGAAGAAAAUAACAAUUUCUGAUGAAUUUUUGGCUAAAGCCAAACAGUUUUUUUCAGAAGAAAAUGUUGUUUUAGGAAAGAAGCAGAAUGAAAAUUUUGAGCAGCCCCCAAAGAAAAGGAUGUGUAGUAGAGACUGUGUUGAAGACUGGGAUUCUUGUAUUGAAAGCACUGCUAAGUGUGAUCCAGAAACGCUUGACUUCAGUGAAAACUUUCUUCAUAAAGAAACCGGAGAUCAGUUUAAGCAGACAGUAGAGCACAGUCCCUUUAAACAAACUGUUAUUCUUGAUACAGUUCAAAAAGACACAUUUGUCAAUAUAGGUAAAGAUUAUGAAAAAAAUGCUGGAAUUCGACAUGCACAAAAAGAAGCUGAUGUUAGACUUGAGAAGUUUCAAUCAGAAUAUUUGCCUGGAAAGGACAGCGAUGCUUUAAGGGGAACUUCAUUGUCUGAGGAUGAAAAACUAUUUGCUGACAGAGAUGAGGAAUACUUGGACAAAAAGGGUGGCCAUUCAGAAAACACACAUAGUUGUCCUGUGCAGUCAGCUGUCUCUCUGCACUUAAUGAAAGUAUCAAAUGACCUUGCAGAUGAUUCUGUGCUUAAAGAUGCAAAAAAUGCUAUGUUUGUUGAGGACAGCAAAAAUAAAUGUAAACCAUCCCUCCUCUUUACUUACAACAAGGGUGUUUCAAAAAGUAGCUCUUCCCAUUUGAAUUGUGACAGCAAGGAGUUUGGCUUGGAACAUCUAAAUGAGUCUUGUCUUGAUGCAAACUGCUUCACAAACGCCACAGUUACUGCCCACCAAGAACAGUCCCUAGCUGGUGGACUUGAAGACGAAACUAAUUUGACCAGAUUAGAAGAAACAUCACAUAGUUUUAAUCUGGAAAAACAAAUGGGUGAUUUGAAACCAAUUAUGAUCUGUACAGCCAAAGGUAAAGCAGUUACUGUUUCAGAAAAUGCUUUAGCAAGAGUCAGACAAAUAUUUCAAGAAGACAAAUCUGUAAAAUCUAAACCUGGAACUAAGUCAAAAACUAAUGAGAUGGAAGUUGCUGCAAAUUCAUCUUUCAUUGUUCAUGCUCAGUGUCCUGAUUCUGCUGAACUCUUCAAUGCUGCAAAAAACAAGGAGACUAAUUCAUUUGCUUCCCAUUUCACUAAAGUAAAUGAGAAUGCAGGUGAAAAUGGUCACUGUGAUACAAAGAUGCUCACAGAUGCAGAGUCUGUUCCAGAUUCUCAGAUGCAGUUUAGUGAACAGAAUGCAAAGCUUUUAGGACAUUUGCCCAUGCGAGACAAGCACAUAAAGCCAUCAGUUUCUUCUGUAAGUAAUCUUGGAUUUUUUAGUACAGCAAGUGGUAAACCAGUACAAUUAUCAGAAGAGUCACUAAGGAAAGCUCGGCAGCUCUUUUCUGAAAUGGACAAUAAUAGUUCCUCACAUCUGCAAGAAAUACUUCCAGUUGAGGAAGGUGUUGACAAGUCUGAAGUGAGCACGGAAGCAGUUCCUAAGAAAACGGGGCUAGUACUGCCAAAAGGGAGAGAAAGUUCCAAUACCGACUUGAUUUUACAUCCUGCUUUUGGGUUCAGCACUGCAAGUGGAAAGCACGUAAAAGUCUCUGAAAAUGCCUAUCAGAAAGCAAAGGCCAUUUUAAAAGAUUCUGAUGACUUUGUAAGCAAUAUACUUUGCACUACAAAUCAACUUGGCUCAACUAAAGAGAGCACUCAAUCUACAAAAUCUGUAACUGAUUGCAAUGAUGCAGCCAAAAUCGUAGAUAAAGUGAUUUUGGAACCCAAAGUUGAAGAGAGCUUCAAUGAAGAACUUGAAUUAGAAAACAUCUACUCAGAGGAAAUGAAGCCUCUUGCAAGCACUCACUGUGUUAAAAUGCCUGAGUAUGUUCCACAUAGUAUGAAAAAUGAGCAGCUAAUGUUGUUUAAAAAUAGUUUUCAGCAAGAGGGGACUUCACCUCUAGGAGAAGGGCAGCACAGUCUGGAGAAGGAGCCAAAGUCUGAAGCAGUUUCACGCAGUUCUGUGGCUAAAGCAGAACUGAAUAUUAACCGUGCGUGUUUCCAGCCUCCAAAAACUCACUUGGAGGCAGUAGAAAGUGCCAAAGCUUUUACGGAAGAUGAUCUUGCAGAUUCUGGAGCACGAGUUAAUGCCUCACGAUCCUUCAGCAGCAGAAUGCUGGAUAAAAGCUUUCCAAAUAGGAUGGUUGGGAAGAGGCACCUGGAAGGAUAUGCCUUGCUAGGAGAACCUCCAAUUAAGAGAAAAUUGCUACCUGAAUUUGAUAGAACAAAGAAUCCCACUAAGUCUUUGAAAGCUUCGAAGAGCACCCCUGAUGGCAUUUUCAAAGACAGAAGAAAAUUUAUAUACAAUGUUCCUUUAAAACCUGUAACUUGUGGACCUUUUGGUGCUACUAAAGAGCGACAGGAAGUCAAGACUCCUACCUUUACUCUACCAGAUCAAGACUUAAAAGGAUUUAAAUCCAAACCUGCCAUUUUUCAGCACUGUGCCCUAAGACAGUCGUUUAGUGGUACCUCAGGGACUUCUACUCCACGUAAGGCCUUGGCUGAAGAGACUGAAGAACCCAAAAGUUUAUACAAACCUGGCAAAAGUGUUAAAACUUUUACUCCACCCUUCAGAACAAAGCUGACUUUUACUACAGAUGAACAAGACCACCCCGGCACAUGUGACUCAUUGGUGAGCAAAAAUAGGACUAAAGAGAGGGAAAUAAAUCAGAGCACAGUUGAACAAAACACUGUUGAAGCUCACCAAGCCCAAUCAGAGGGCAGCAGUUACAUCCUACAAGCAGCAGACACUGACUUAGAAAAUGACAAUUCAGUUGUGAACAAGAUGGUGACAAGUCUCCACUGUGCAAGAGAUCUGCAGGAAAUGAGAAUUAAAAAGAAAUAUAGACAAAAUAUUAGUGCACAACCAGGCAGUCUUUAUGUCAUAAAAACCUCUGCGAGAAAUAGAAUCUCUUUGAAAACUGCAGUAGAAGAGAAGUUUCCUAGUUCUUAUUCUGCAGAACAGCUUUACAAAUAUGGUGUUUCAAAAAGUUGCAUAGAAGUUAACAGCAUGAAUGCAGAGUCUUUUCAGUUUAUCAUGGAAGAAUUCUUCAGUAAGGAGUAUUUACUAGCAGGACAUGGGGUACAACUUGCUGAUGGAGGAUGGCUAAUACCUACAGAUGAUGGGAAAGUGGGGAAAAGGGAGUUUUACAGAGCCCUCUGUGAUACUCCUGGCGUGGAUCCCAAACUAAUAACAGAGGCAUGGGUUUACAAUCACUAUAGGUGGAUUGUCUGGAAACUGGCCGCCAUGGAAGUGUCUUUUCCACAUGAAUUUGCUAACAGAUGUUUGACACCAGAAACAGUGUUGUUGCAAUUAAAAUACAGAUAUGAUUUGGAAGUUGAUAAAAGUAAACGAUCAGCAAUCAAAAAAAUAAUGGAGAAAGAUGAUACGGCAGGUAAAACACUCGUGCUGUGCGUAUCCAAAAUCAUUUCACUGAGCACCAUUGUAUCUCUUAGCAGUAGUAAUAAGAGCAUGGAAAAUAAAAAAGAAGGAGCAAUAAUUGAAGUUACGGAUGGCUGGUAUGGGAUUAGAGCGCUCCUGGAUCCGCCCCUCCAAACCUUCGUGCUCAGAAGGCAGCUGACUGUUGGGCAGAAGGUCAUAGUACAUGGAGCAGAGCUCGUUGGCUCGCAGGAUGGAUGUGCACCACUGGAAGCCCCAGAUUCCCUUAUGUUAAAGAUUUCAGCAAACAGUACUCGACGUGCCCGCUGGAAUGCAAAGCUGGGGUUUCACCGGGAUCCCAGGCCCUUCCCUCUGCCCCUGGCAUCGCUGUACAGUGAGGGCGGCGCAGUGGGCUGUGUCGAUGUUGUUAUUCAGAGAACUUACCCUGUUCAGUGGAUGGAGAAGACAUCCUCUGGCUCUUACGUGUUUCGUAACAGUCGAGCUGAAGAAAGGGAAGCUGCCAAGCACGCAGAGGAGCAACAAAAGAAACUGGAAGCUUUGUUUGCAAAAAUUCAAGAAGAAUAUGAAAAGCAUGAAGAGAGAAGUAGCAGAAGAGCACUGAGAUCACGCAUAGUCACAAGGCAGCAAAUCCAUAAUUUGCAAGAUGGUGCAGAACUUUAUGAAGCAAUUCAGAAUGCAUCUGAUCCUGGCUAUAUGGAGGGGUAUCUAAGUGAAGAGCAGUUAAAAGCUUUGAAUGCUCAUAGGCAGGUGCUGAGUGAUAAAAAGCAAGCUCAGAUACAGGCAGAAUUCAAGAAGGCAGUAGAGUCUGCAGAGCAGGAAGAACACGGAUGUUCCAAAAGGGAUGUGUCUGCUGUAUGGAGAUUAUGUGUAGUCGACUACAGAAAGCAAGAAAAACAUCACGGAGUGAUGCUGAGUAUCUGGCGUCCCCUGCCAGAUGUCUGUUCCCUCCUAAAGGAAGGAAGUCGGUACAGAAUCUACCAGCUGUUGGCAUCGCAGUCCAAAGGAAGGUCGAACCCAGCUAAAAUACAGUUAACAGCAACAAAGAAAACUCAGUAUCUACAAUUACCAGUUUCACAAAAGAUGCUGUCACAGAUCUUCUCUCCUAGAAAGGCUCUGACGUUCACAAGUUUAUCAGAUCCUUCUUUUCAGCCAGCAUGUGCUGAAGUUGAUUUAGUGGGAGUUGUAGUUUCUAUGGGCAGAACAGGUUUCACUACUCUGGUGUACUUGUCUGACGAGAGCUACAACCUGGUGGCAGUGAAGCUCCGCGCAGACCUUGGGCACGCGGCGGGGGGCGACGUGGUGGCGCGCGGCUCCCUCGUCUGCGCCAGCAACCUGCAGUGGCAGCCGGCCCCGCGCGCCGGCCUGCCCGUGCUCUGCGCUGGGGAGCUCUCCGUCUUCUCUGCCAGCCCCAAGGAAAACUACCUGCAGCAGAAGUUCAGCCAGCUGAGGAGCAGGAUAGAGAAUAUGGAUUCCUUUUGUUCUGAGGCCGAAAGAAUACUCAUGAAUUUGCUUCAAAGAAAUAGUCCAUUUACACCCAAUUUACCUAAAAGAUACGGCUUGGAAUGUCCUUCCCCUUGCAACACAGGCCUCCCUGCAGGGCCCACCAGUUUGGUAUCUUCUCCUAAUUUUGAAGUAAAUUAUCACAGCCCCUUGGUAAAUAGCGUGCAGAAUUCAAAGCUUGUUGGACAAGGCUCAGCAGGAGUGUCCUCAUCUGCUCUGGCUAACGAAGAGCACCCCAAGAGCAGCAGGAAGAGGAAGGCUCUGGAGCUGCUCAGCCGCAUCCCGGCCCCCCCUCCCCUCACACCCAUCUCCUCGGUUCUUUCCCCGGCUCUAAAAAAGGCGUUUCAGCCUCCGCGGCGCUUGGGCUUUCAGCACAGCAGGUCACCCAAAGCGACGCACUGGAGUAUUGGUGAUGCCACUGCCAGGGGGAAGCUGGCAGAGACUGUCCAGCUGGCUGAGAACGACCUGGUUGCAGAUGAAGAACUUGCCAUGAUUAAUACCCAAGCCCUCCUCAGUGCUUUACCAGAAGAAAAGAAGAGCGAGUGUGUAAAUGAAAAUAGCAGUACAAUAGUUACGGAUUUAUCUGAUGUUCUUUCACGAAAAAAUAGUUCUAGGUCUACUGGGGAAGCAAAUAACUCUUCAAAAAACUAUGUUGAAGGAGCUGUGGCUUUUCAGAAGGACGCAGAGGAAGCCGAGGGCUCGUUAACAGACUGCAGAAAGAUACAGAGACAAAAAGAAUAA